GCAUUCCCGGCGUGCACCGCGGCGCGCGGAGCUGGCGACCGGGCGGUGGGAGCGGACGUCUGGGGCUUCGCUGGCGGCUGGGAUCGUCAAGGCGGGGACGACAUGGAAGUGAAGGAUGCCAAUUCUGCGCUGCUUAGUAACUACGAGGUGUUCCAGUUACUAACUGACCUAAAAGAGCAGCGUAAAGAAAGUGGAAAGAAUAAACACAGUUCUGGGCAGCAGAACUUGAAUACUAUCACCUAUGAAACAUUAAAAUACAUAUCAAAAACACCAUGCAGGCACCAGAGUCCUGAGAUUGUCAGAGAAUUUCUCACAGCAAUGAAAAGCCACAAAUUGACCAAAGCUGAAAAGCUUCAGCUGUUGAAUCACAGGCCCAUGACUGCUGUUGAGAUCCAGCUGAUGGUAGAAGAGAGUGAAGAACGGCUCACAGAGGAGCAGAUCGAAGCUCUUCUCCACACUGUCACAAGCAUUCUGCCCGCGGGGCCGGAGGCUGAGCAAAAGAAAAAUAUCAACAAUGACGUGGCCAUGGAUGAAGAGGACCCGGCAUAGAGGAGUGCAGAGCUGGCCCAGGCAUUCGUGAAGACCAAAGGCCCAGCAGCCAUUUCCUGCACGUUGAGAGGAUUGUUUAUUUGAUUUUUAGCCUCUAUCCCAACAGGCCCAAUUUCAUGGUUAGUUGGGUAAAUCCCAAAAAUAAGCCUUUCUCAAAAACAAGCUGAAAAGAAAUAUUUAUGCCUCAGGGAAAAGAAACAUGGUGAAGACAGGUGAAGGUUGUCAGGGCAGAGAGCUAAAGAGCAGAAGACAAUGACUGUGGACCCUCUGUGGUAGAAAUAUUUCCUCCAUGGCCUUUGCCACAGUUACAGUGAGGUCUCUGUACACAGCGGGUAAAAUGCUUGAGUUUCCUUUGAAAGGCUGUGUCCUAAUUAGUUUCAUCUGCUUCCCUAGGAACUUCCCAGGCAGAGGCUCAGAGCUGUUGGGAUGAGAGCUGAAUUAUGAGAACCUGGUUAGAUGACCGAAAACUCCCAGAGCAGCAAAUAGUUGCUCUAGGUUACAAUGAGCCACUGGUGUUGCCUUAUCUUGCCUUAUCUUAGAGGAAUUUCCUCGAGAA